GGUUAUGAACAGUCGGAUUGUAGACGCCUUCACUAGUGGUAUGGCGUUCACGCGGUAACGAUCUUCGUUUGUUCCAUCAUUCGUGAGAAUACGAUUUCUUUAAAACGUUAACGUCACUGUUCGUCACUAUCUAAACAAUUCAUUUUAUUACGUUUAGUGUUUUAAAUUAUUACAAUUUUUAAAUGUGAUUACUGCUCAGACGUCAACAUGACCUGUUCGGACAAGGGAUAUACUAGGAUUAAUAUCCUUUCUGCGUGCAGCAGAUCGGUAGAAACUGCUAAACACAAACGCAUUUUUAUUUCCAAAAGAACCAGUGAACUUGUUGCACUUAUGGCUAUUUCUUCAACUUUAUUUUUAUUCUUACACACCAGAGAUCUGCAUACUAGGCUUAGGUCAUUACAAUCGAUUUCAAAUUCUGCUUCAACUUCAGGAGAUUCCACUGCUAUGGAGAAUGACAUUGAUAAUUUCAUCCAACAAGAUCAGAAGUUAGAGGCAUAUUCCUUGAAUAAUACCGGGCGGACUAAAAAGGAAUUAAUAUUUUUCAAUCGAGUUCCCAAAGUGGGAAGCCAGACAUUCAUGGAGAUACUAAGAUUGUUAUCUUUGAGAAAUCAAUUUGUAUUUUACCAGGAUCACGUGCAAAGAGUCGAAACCAUUCGUCUGGCUGAAACCGAACAGCUGCGUGUGGCAUCCAUGGUAUCAAAAUAUGACACGCCGUCGGUGUUUAUAAAGCACAUAUCUUUCGUCAACUUUACCAAGUUUUAUUUGCCAGAACCCAUUUACAUAAAUCUGGUCAGAGAUCCCGUAGAACGGGUGAUAUCUUGGUACUACUACAUCAGAGCACCGUGGUACUACGUGGAAAGGAAACACGCGUUUCCCGACACACCGUUGCCGGAUCCGAAAUGGUUGAAAAAAGACUUUGAGACUUGCGUCCUGCGCGGUGACCGAGAGUGUACGUACACGCAAGGAGAGAAACAUGAAGGGAUCAGUGACCAUCGGCGGCAGACGAUGUUUUUCUGCGGACACGACGAGGAAUGCACUCCGUUCAAUUCGCAAGGAGCGUUAGAGAGAGCAAAACGUUCGGUGGAACAACAAUAUGCGGUGGUUGGUGUAUUAGAAGAUUUCAACGUCACUUUAACUGUGUUCGAACAUUACAUACCAAGGUUUUUUAGAGGAGCGUCUAAUGUGUACUAUGGCGAAAUGGGACUGCAUAAGGUCAACCAAAAUGCAUUCAAACCAACUGUCAGUGAAGCUGUAAAAGACAUAGUGAGACAAAAUUUUACAAGAGAAAUCGAAUUCUAUCAGUUUUGCAGACAACGACUAUACAGACAAAGAUUAGCAUUAAACCUAUAACACAAUAAAAGAAAAUUAAAAUAAUUUAAAAUAAUAAAACUCUAGAAUUUGAUAAAAAAGUUCCUUAUACACUUCAUUUUUUCCCAGCAACUACUUUUUUUUUAUCAUAUAACUAGAUAAAUACAGUAUAUAGAUUAAAUCUAUGGCAUAACAAGUAAUAUAUAAG